AUGGAUCAUCGGAUAUUCAUCUUAUUGACGAUAUCAGCCCACUUUAAUACCAUAUUAACUCAAAGUCCAUUCUACGAUGGCGGGCCAAAAGCAGCAAACCCCGCACCAGCCGGCAACUUCAUUACGCAGACGGUUUACGGAUUCUUAGAUUUCACUACUACGAUAGGGAACACUGUAAUGGUUUUCUCGCCACAAUCUGCACCACCACCAGAACCCCCGAAAACAGAGAAGUCUGUACAAGAAAAUACUAUAGAAACUAAACCACCACCAAUUAACAAUGUGAAACCAGAAGCAAUUAAGCCUAGCAAAACACUGAAUAAACAUGAAACAAAUAAUUCAGGAGUUCCAAUAGGUACAUCGAGUGCAAUUUCGGUUAUUAGUUCUUCUCCUAAAAAAGAAGAAAAGAAUUCAAAUAUACCAAAAUUAGUUGCCAAGGAAUUUAAACAAAUUGUUUCUAAAGUCGAAGUUGUAGCAGGUCCAUCUAAAAUAAUAGAGAAUGAUGUUGCUAAGCAAUUAUUGAAGUCUAAUAAGCAAUCAUCUCAACCCAAAAAGCAACAGUCAAAAAAUCAAACCGUGAAAAGUGUGACAAAUAUUGUCAGUAGUAAAGUUGAAGUAAAGCAAAACCCCGCUCCAUCUUCAAUAGUUAACUCAAAAGUUAACAGCGUAAUCGAAAUUAAAUCCAGCCAAAAUGAUGAUGAACCUGCAAUUUUAGUAUCGAACAAUAUAGGCGAACCAGAGUACGACUAUUUAUCACGUCAACCGUCUGAAUUUGUAGAAGAAACUUAUAGAGUUAUUAAUAUACGACCAUCAAAAACUCAUGGACCGAAACCAAAAAAUAAUAUUAAAAAUAGACAUCAACCGACUCCCCCGCCCGAUGACGAGGAGCACCCAAUUGGACUUGUAACUACUCUUGGAGGAACGAUAGUUAAAGAUGGUCUAACAACUGUCCAUGAAACAAGCGUUAUUGGGACUUAUAUUUCAGGAAAGUAUGCUCAAGUAUUAAACAGCAAUUCAAAAAUUUUACAAUCUGGCCAUAAAGCCAAAAUUUCUCCCAGUCCAUCACACCGCAUAUUAAAAACCGCUGCCCCGGCUAUCACAAAAAAUCAUCGCCAUAAUUUAGAACCGACGCCUUCAAUAGUUGACGAAGAUAGUAGUUUUAGUAAAACAACCCGUAGGCAAACAAGUAAUGGAAGCUCUUUCAAAAAUCGUCUUAGAUCACAAAAUAAUGAAAAUGACAAUACACCAUCGCCACCUCCCAAUCAAGGCAAAAAAUUUAAGAACAGAAAUACUUCCCAGUCUCAACGAACUCAAAGUGAACCUUCAUCGUCGUUUUCAAAUAGACGCAAAAGCAAUCGUAAUUCUGGACACAAAACAACAGUGACGCCAUCAAGCAAUAAUGACGGCCAAUCAAAACGAGGGUUCAAACCUCGCAUACAGCCAACUGCAGUAGAGCAAGUGACGCCGGCUGCAACAAGUGUUUAUAAGUUCAAGCUUAAUAGACAGCAGAGUUCUGGACGCUGGCAAUAUAAAACCAGCCCUAAACCAAAAGUGACUAUUCGAAAAAUGAAUGACGAUGAACAAACAACUCCAAUGAGCGCUGAAGAAUCAUCAUCUAAUGAUCUAUCUCCUCAAGCGAGAUCAGAUAAUGAUUUAGAACUAUCUGGCUCACAGAGUGGUCCAGGAACAUUACUUGAUAAUGACACUGAGGAUAAUUCCAUAGAAAAAUCGCCACCGGUUGAAACACUCAAAGUGGAAAUAUCAACUCCCGCUGAUUUUAGAGAUGUUUAUUACGAAAUAGCAACACUCAAGUCUCCGUAUACUUUCCAGGUUGGACGCGUAAAAAACACUCGUAUUAUUACUGUAACUACGACAAUAGAAAAACGAAUCGAACCAACGGCUUUGCCACUUAAUUCGCCUCCUAACGAGCCCUUAACUGAGAAUAUAUUAGCUACAGCAUCACCAUACGGAAAGGAUCACUACUUACUAGAUUCCAGUAUAGCAACUCUACCUGCAAUAACUCUUUCGUCUGAUGUUGAAACUCCUCCAUUAGAAACUGUGACUGAAACAUUUAGUACCACACAGCAUAUGCUCAAAACUCACAUUUUGCCAAUAGUGAGGGAUGCUAAUGUAACAAGUAGUCUGACUUUUAUCCAAACUUAUCAAGUCACUAGAUUUGUAACAGCAACCAAAACAUUACCACCAAUGGAUUUCUUCCAAUUCAUACCGAGUAAAACAUUGAAAGAGUUCAACAGUCGUCUCGAUGAAGCUGGUUCAGAACUUCAUUUGGAGUUAGAUUUCGGUGAUAGUAAUGAAGAUGAAGAUGGCGUCCCCCGUAGAGUAUUCCCUCCCGAUUUAGAUCUUGCUAAUAUCGGAUCAGACUUCGAUAUAACAGAAAUCGAUAAGUAUAGAGACAAUCAUUUAAGACUUAAAAAAGCACAUGGACAAAAGAGCAAUCCGGUUACAGAGCCACCAAAUCCUGUAACACCAGCUUUAACACCUGAACAAGCGCAACAAUUAGCUUUAUUGCGACUUUUGAAUCCAGCUGCAGCAGCACAAAUACCGAAUGUAGUGACAACAUCUAAACCCGUCCUUAAAUAUGAAACAAUAUAUGAAUCCCAUGUGAUACCUGUAUUUGAUGGUAAAAACACCAUUCAGAGUACAAUUUCUCGACCAGUCGCAACUAUAACUAAAACAGAGUAUGAAUUAGGAACUAGCAGCUUGCCCGCUUUACCCUUGAACCCACUGUAUCCCCAGCAACAAUUUACAAUAACUUCGACUCCGGUUGUUCUGAACACUGAAGUCGUUGCUACAAGUAGUCAAGUUUUGAAACUGACUUUCGGUGCCAAAACGGUAUACACAACACUGUAUAAUACUAAAGUAGUUCCUACAGUGCUAACGUCAUACGUUACGUCUUCGGUCCCAAUACAGCCGAGUGCGGCGCCCGGUUUCCCUGGAUAUUUCCCGUCACCAUUUGCUCCAUUCCCAUACGUAGGA